AUGACGAACCGCCGCCCCUCCAUUGCUCCCGUGGUAUCUACCUACGAGAAUACCAUUCAGAAGAACCGCCAGUGCGGUUAUGACAAGGAUAUCUUGGGCAACAAGAGCACGAGUCCAUCCCGUUUUAACCCAGAUCGACGAGCCUCAGAUACCAUCUAUCAUCUUCAUCUCCGGCAACAAAAGCAGCAAGAAGAUGAUGACCAGAUUCUCAAGACACCGGCAUUGCGACGCAUGACUCUGGUGGAUGCCAUGAGUCCCUUUCGCAGGGGUAGCAUGGCCGAGGAGUCACCAUCCUGGAUGCACUUGAAGCAACACCGGGAAGAAGCCUUUGAAGAAAUACCCUUGGACGACGAGGUAUCCGGACAAUACCCCAAAGUGUUAUCUUGCCGAGGCAAUCGACGGGUGAGCUUUGGGCCAGUAGAGAUUCGGGAGUUUUCCACCAAAGAAGAUGAAAACGAACCACCAUCAGCAAUCAAGUCACCGCGAACUCUCCCAAAAACACAACCCCAACCCAAGAAGAAACCCCAACCAAAGGCUCAAAAGACCACCAAGCCAACCAAGAAACAGCCACAAUCUCCACCAGCCAAAAGAGUAGUCAAACCCCACAAUGACGAUGAUUACUUGGAAGACGACCCAGAAAUCCUAGCACUGCGAAAGCAAGUAGAAGCCCUGCAAUCCAAGCUGAACCAAGUGCAAGAGUUGGAAGUCAAUCAACUAGCGGCAAUUGAAGAUAAGAAACAGGCCGCACAGGAACGCUUUCUCAAGAAACAAACCGACAAGCUCCAUGUACCCUUGGCGGGUACCGAUCGCCGACAGAGCCUCGUUGCCGCCAAGCAACAAAAGGAGUUUGAGCAACUACGUCGAUCCAACAAGGCACUCCGACGAAACUGUCAAUUGCUGACGGCGCGCAAGAUGCAGCUGGUACAGGACAAUGCCAAGUUGCAAAUCACCCACAGGGUGACCCGCAAAUACCACAGCCGACUGGCCGUCUUUCAUCAAGUCGAGGACGCGUUUUACUGUCAUCUCGCCAUGGUCGUACUGCCCAAGUGCUUUUCCAAGCGCAAUGAAUUUGACAUGGAAGGAGAAUUCCGGGAUGGAUGGAUUGGAAUGGAACAGCGCAUUCGGGAUCACUACCAGCACUGUCAAGAUGAGAUGGUCCAAAUGAUUGUGGGACGUUGCGAAGAUAUGGAUUUGAUUGAACAAGUUGUGCGCUUGAGUCUGUACCGUACCUAG